AUGGCUACACUCAAACUUGGUGAAGGUUUGAUAUUUCUGCCUCGUUGUUUGUCAUCGGAAGGAUGUAAACAAAUUAUUGCAGAAAAUAGUAAAAAAAUUAAAUCUUUUUAUAAUAUUGAGAUUUUUAACGAUCAACAACUUUCCGAUAAAAUAUUCGAAAAAUGUAAAAACUCAAUUAGACAAUUAAUUGGAAUUAAUGAUUCAGAUGAAGAUGACUCGAAAUUCCUUCCUGUUGGAAUUGAUUCUUUAUGGGCCGUGAUAAAAGAUAAUAUUUCUUGGUCUUUUUCUUGCUCAAAACGUUGCACACAUGAAAACUUGUCAAAUGAAUCGAAAGGUCAGAUGAGAAUAUUUAUUCAGUUGAGUAAGAGUUCGGAUUCAGAUUCGGUUUGUAUGGAAAGCAGAUAUGGAACAGUGGAUGUUGGUAAGAUUAAAAGAGGAGAUGCCUUCAUUACAUUUGAACCAAAUCAGUAUAGCAUCAUCAACAAACAAACAAUGAAAGAUAACAUAUUUCUAAUUGGAUAUGUAAUUUUCGAAAAGAAUCAACAAUAUGAAAACAAGCUUGCUGCAAAGUAUUGUAAUGCUCAAAGUAAUUUAAUGAGCUAUGAGUCUAGUAGUGAAAAAUCUAUAAUUUUGAAUAUUUCUGGAAAGGAAUUUGAGAUACCAAUAAUUCAAAUUAGAAAAUUCCCUCACUCGAUAUUGAAUAUUCUAAUUGAUAGUCCAAUGGCCGAGGAUGUGAUAUUGAAUGAAAAAUUACAAAGAGUAUUUCCAUUUCCAAAUCAAAAUGUUGUGAUUUUUGAACGAUUUAUUUUACCAAUUAUUUUGGAAUAUUCCUAUUUAGAUAUACCAAUAGGAUUGAAACACUCUUUACAGUUAGAAAUUAGUAAUGAAUUCAAAUUUUGGGGAUUUCUCUCUCCCUAUGAAAGCGAAUCAUUAUCAAAAGAUAAUCAGUUCUCAAACAAGAGGUUUCCAUUCAAAAGUACAGAACUUUCUCUCAUUUCGAAUGCAUUAUAUUCCCAGUUAGAAAAUGAAAAGAAAAUAAUUGAAGCAAAAAUCUCAGUUAUGAACGCGUUUGGAAAUAUUCAGAAAAAGAUUCUUCACGACUUUACCCACCCUCACAACAAACCAUUCGAAUCUCUUUCUCAAAAAGAAAAAGUUGAAACUAUUGGCAAAGUCUCUGUAAAUCUCAUGCACAAAUUUGAAUGCGUUCCAUUGGCUAAACUCUAUGAUAAUAACUAUUUCCUUAUUGGAUCAGAUAGGUUUCUCUAUCACACUUGA